CUCUGUUCUUCUGACGGAACUCUGGGAGAGUCUCUCCCGAGCCUACAAAAAUCCGUUAAAGAGCUCCAAAGCAGCCGCUCAAAUCUCGUUUCUUCCGCUCACCUGAGCGCACCUUUCGCAAAGCCGCAUCGCGUCUUAACUUGUCUCGGAGGUGCACUGUCGUGAUCGGGGUCCGCCAAAGCCCCACGAUCGGUUGGGCAGCACAGUCGAAAUCGAAUCGAGUUGGAGUGCAAACGUCUGAAGCGGAAUCUCAAGUUGUAGCGCUAAUCGCAGCGAACGGAGUGUAUCUGUGUAUCGCUGAAAUACAAAGUUGAACCAAGCUGGAAUUUGCCACCAGUCGAAAUAAAUCUCGAAUCGAAUAGCCGUAAUUUGCAUAAGGCGCAACUAAAGACGCGCUCUGUCAGUUAACCCACUUUCUAAACGAAAUAAACCAACAAAAAAGAAUAAUACUUCGACCGAUAUUCAGCAACAACGAAACCAAUUAACAAGCAAAUAAUGCCAAGCAAAUAACACCGAAUAACGUGCAAGUGAUUCAUGGUUUUUUUUUCCCUUCCAAGUGAAGUGAAACAUAGCAUACAAAAAAAUACAAAAAAAAAUCAAAAGUUGACUGGAAAACGCACUGGAAACGAUAACGAUACCUGGAACGCCCCCAACCAACGACUGUCAGUUGAAACCGCAACUGCAGCAGCAGCAUCAUCUACUUGGCCAGCAACAACAACAACAACAACAACAACAGGCACAAGUACGGAUUGCAAACAGCCCGGAUUGUAAAUUCCAACCAUAUAAGCUGAGGAAAACCAGGCGACAGGUGGAAAAGCUGAAGCAGAAUAUGGCCUAAGGUUGUUCGUCGGCGGGAGCAACAAGCAACGAAAAGCCUCAGCGAUGUCGUCAUCGAUCUGUUCGCACUUCACCCAGAAUGCCUGGAAGAAGGACCUCUGCUCGAACUGCUUCAAGUCCAAGGACGAGCACAAGGCAGCCGCGGCAGCAGCCGCCUCCAAAUUGGGUGGCAGCCAUAGGCCAGACAAGGAGGCUAAAACGGACUACCCCAAUAAGCACAAAACGCCGGCCAAGAGCAUCAUUAAGAAGGCCUUUGGCGUGAGACUGACCAGCUCCAGUUCGAGUUCGAGUUCGAGUUCCAUCACAGGAAGUGGCCCCGGGAAAUCCGUAAACUCCAAGGGCGGCAAGGUGUGCUUCCCCAAGCAACUGCACGAGGUAAUUGGCUAUGGAGGCGAGUGGUCGGAGGACGAUGACGACGACGACGAUCAUGACUUCAUGAAUCUGGGCAACGAGCACGAUGACAUGGCCAUUACCGAAACGGAUGAUGAGGAGACGGUGGAGCUGAAGAGGAUCACCAGGGCCAACACCGACUUCAACAUGAACAAUGGCAAUCUGCUGGGCGAUGCCGAGGACAAUAUCAAGAAAUCCUUUGCGGCUCUCAAACUGGGAGCCCCUCAGGUGGACAAGGAGGGCAAGAAGCAGACCCUAACGAUCAACGUGAUGCCUUUUGGCCAGCCCUCGGGCAAAGCGAACGCAACGCCAGCCAAAACGACGACCACCGCGGAAGGCAAGGGCACGGCAGCCACAUCAGUUGCAACAUCGGCUGGGGCAACACCGGCCAAAGCCAAGCCAGCAACCAUAACCACAAGCACAACGACAACAACGACAACAGCCAUCAAAAGCAGCAGUACAUCUGCCAGUGUUACCAAAAAGGUGACCACCACCCUGACGCCCACUUUGACCAUGGCCAAAGGCACAGCAGCAACAGCAGCAACAGCAGCAACAGCAGCAACAUCAGCAGCAUCAGCAACAUCAGCAACAACAGCAACAGCAGCAACAUCAGCAACAGCAAAAUCAGCAACAGCAACAUCUUCGCGAGAUGGCAAAGAUAGUCCGCCCAUAGAGCGAGCCAUGGAGAAGUCACUGCUGGACGAGAUCUCGGAGACUUUGGAGCAAAAACAGAAGCUAAGUGAGACAAGUGCUGCUGCUUCCAUUGCCACUUCCACUUCCACUUCCACCGGCAGCGGCAAGAUCAAAUUCGAGCUGAGUGCGCUGAGCGACUCCCCGAAGCCAUUUCUUGACCUCAAGAAGCCCAUCGCACGGAAUGCGCCCAUAUCCAGAGACCAGGCCAAACCCAAGGUGAAUGUGUGCCACAAGUACUCGGACACGGACAGCAAUUGCUCGGACACGGAGAAUGGGGUGUCCGCCUACUACGAUGUGGUGGAGACCCAGCUGAGCUACGAGAACCUACCGGACGGCAAGUACUCCGAACAGGUGGGCGUGGCCACUGCCGCCCAAACGGACAGUUCCGGCAGCUCGCACUACUCCAGCUCGCAGUACAUCACGGACAUGCUGCUGAGCUCAAAAACGCGGGCAGCCAGCUACAAUCUGCACGAGGGCAACUUCAUGACCAGCAAGAUCACCACCGACGGCCUCAUUGUGACCAAGUGCAGCUCGGACGACGCCCUGGACUCCACGGGCAGCAGUUUCGAUGGCAGCUCGGACGAGGAGAACGCCUACAACAUGAUCCGCAGCGAAUCGGAUUCGGGCAUUGGCAUUAGUCUGGGCAGCGAGUACAAGAACCUGGGAAUUGCCAAGGGAUCGGCGGUCAACGGGGAGAAGCGGCAGCUUUUGGUCGAGAAGAAGCUGAGUGCCAGCACCAACAACUCUGAUUACGAGGACAUCCAGAUAGGAGAUCAGGCGGUGGCCAAGCCGGCGGUGAAAAGCAGGGAGCUGCAUGGUGAACCCGAUGGCAGUGCCGAUCCGGACAACAGUCUGGAGCAGAAGCAAAAGCAGGUGCUGCAGCAGAAGGAGACGGCGGAGCAGCUGCAGCAGCUUCCAGCCCUGCCCAAGUCACCGCCACCGCCCAUGAAGAUCGAUGCCAGGCCCUCGUUUCUACACGGUCUGAAGAGCCAGAAGCCAGAGCUGCCGGUCAAGCCACUCGUCAACACACAUCCCAGCAGCAACAGUGCCAGCAAUGGUGGCCAACUGAAGAGCUUCCUGGGCAAGCGGCAACCCAGCUGCGCCGAGCAGCAGUUCAUCACCCAGCUGCAGUCGGCCAUUUCCAAGUCCAGCGAGAGUCUCAGUCUGAUGCUGGCCAAAGAGAGUCUGGCCGCCGACGAGGCCAAGCUGAAAAAGGGCAAGGCCCCGAAUCCGCCGCCGGAGCCAAAGCUGAGCGCUCCGCCCACGCCGGAGCGGGACUACAGUCUGGUAGUUGAGUUUGAGCAGGCGACCAAAGCGGCCGCAAAGCCAGCGGAAAAGGCCACGUCAUCGGGCCCAGGUGACACACCAUCGGGCGAGAACCCAACGGCAGCUGCAACAGGUGUUGCCACGGCAGCAGCAACAGUGGCAACUGCAUCUGCCUCGAACAGCAGCAAUCUGUACACCAGAAAGCCCGCCUUUCCGGUGGCCCCAGCCGCUCCUGUCAUCCGCGAGAAGGACAAACGCGAGCGGGCCGUGAUCAAUCCCAAGUUCCGCAGCCUCAACACCUUCGUCAUGCAGCGGGCCAAUGCGGCCAAGCAGCUGCAGCUGCAAUCGGCCAGCUCGGUGCUCAGCCUGAAGCAACCGAUGACGCCAGAGCCAACGCCCCGCAAUCAGCGUCAUCUCUCCAUGUCGGAGGAGUGCCUGGCCGCAGCUGGGCUGGACAAGAAGUCGCCCUCGGCUUCGCCGCCCCAGAAGCAAAAGUCCAAGUUCUCCAUCAAGAAGUUUCUGCGCAUGGGCAGCAAUGGCGGUGGCACCAAGUCCGGCGAAUCUCUGGCCAAAAAGGAGGCCAGCAUCUACACGGAGAUCUGCACGGGCACGGAGGAGGGCAGUCCCACGGGCAAGCCCCGUCUGGUCAUCAUCCAUCCCAUUGACAUCAAUCCCACGGCCGUGGAGGUGGUGAAGGACAUCACCAAGACCAGUGACUCCGUUGCGGCCCAGACAGUGGCCGUGGUCACGGCCAAGCCGCCUGCCCCGCCCCUCCGUUCGAGUGCCAGCGAGGGGCAGCGCGCCCACGAAGCCAACAAGCCGGCCCGCCCCCCGCCGCCCAAGAGCGCCGAGCUGCGGCGCAAACAGAAGACCGAGCUGGCAGCCACGCUCAGCGCCAGCAGCGUGGACUCCAGCGGCCUGGCACUGUCAAUGCCAACGCCAUCCGGCACCGGCACCGUAUCCGGAUCCGGAUCCGUCAAGCUGAAGGCCGACAACGUCUACGCCAAUUUAGGUGAGAUCCGCUCCUCAAUUGCACCACGCAAACCGGAGCGCACAGCCAGCAUGCGGGAGCGGGAGGCGCAGCUGGAGCUGGUGCGCAAGCGCGGAGUCCUUACCGACACUAUCUCCAUUUGCUCGUCAAACGGUGACAACGUAGCCACGGACCAAGGCAAGACGGUGGCCAAGACCAGCGGCCAGGAAGCUGGGAAAUCCGCCUCAACUGCCAACAGCAGGACCAGCACCUUCGAACGGCAGCCGCAGAAGAAGAGCGAGCCGAAGAUGUCCAUUUCCAGCAAACUGGAGAUCUUCGAGCAGCGAUCCAUCGAUGCUGCGGACGCUGCCCAGCGGAGCAGCCUCAAGGAUUCGGUGCGCAAGAUCAACAGCACCAUCGAUAGCUAUCUGAAGGACAAGCGCGACUACGAGAACAUGUACGAGUUCGUGAAGAUGGGCUCUCCGCCACCGCCCUCGGUGGGUGGUAACACCACGCCCACGCCCUCCACUUCCACGCCUCCGCCGCCUCCAACACGCAGCAAUAUCGAUCUGGCCGUGGCGGGUCAGAGGUUAACCCAGGCCACGAGACGCAACAACAUCUACUCGGACACAGCUUCCAUUGCCAGUUAUACGCGCAGCGAAUACGGACCGGUGCGAAACUACGGAUUGAACAACAGCUUGGCCAACAUUCCACGCAUCAUUUCCGCCUCGUAUGCGGGCAGUGAGGUGGGCGAGUUCGAUAUCUAUGCUCCGUACAGUUACUACGGAAGCGAGGCGGGCGGCGAUGUGGCCACGGACAUCAACGACAGCGUCUGGGGCAUGCCACAGGCCAACAAGAACCGCAGCAAGGCCACGAAUCGUUUGCGCAUGCGCAAGGGACGCAGUGUCGUGCACAAGACCAUAGAGGACAACUACACCGCCGUGGUGGUGGCCAAUCACGAGGCCCUCGCCCAGGUGUUGGAUCAGCUCCAGCAAACUCCAGUGGUGCCGGCAGCCCUGCGUCCUCUGGCGAACGCCAUAAACUUGCGUUACGAAGACUUCACCAUUCUGGAGGGUGCCCAGGCCUUUGUGGUGGGCAAAAAGGCCUUCCAUGCGGCCCUGUGGAGCUCCUCGCCAGUGACCCUGGCCCUGUCGGCCGACUGCAACCAGCUGGCCGGAGUGGGCGGCGAACUCAGUCAGCUAACAGGCGGCGUGAGCGAUGUGCUCAACCCGGUGACAGAGUUCUGUGACCUGGUGCCCAGCUACCAACUGCCGCUGAUGCCCUCCACGGAGGUGACCCUGCUGCAGGCCACCAUCUCGGUGCUGCCGCGGUUGCAGCUGGAGACUCUCCAGUCGAUCGGAUCAAUACUCAAGGGCAAGUCGCAGGUGCUGGACAAGAGCAACUUCAACUUCCGCGGCUUCAUUCCGAAUCUCAGUGGGCUGAAGGAUGGCUGCCAUUCUGGUGGCGUGGCCGGGAACCUAAGGAACGUGGUCUCCGUGCAGAAUCUGAGCACACUGAACGAGGAAGCCUCGACCACAUCGAUGGGUGCCGAGGAAGGAUUGGCCAGUGCAAAUGCCAUGCCCGCAUUCGAUGAUGUGAUGACGCGCGAGGUGGCCUUCAUCAUGCUGCAGCUGGUCAACGGGAUGAAGAAUCUGCAGGCCAAGGCGAUCGAGGAGACGCCGCUCAGUCUGUCCAAUGUGGUGCUGUCCAAGGACAUGGACAACAAGGAUGCCCAGGCGCGACUUUGUGUGCUACAGGGGAACAACAACGACGACGACGAGCCCAUGGGUACGCUGUGCAAGUGCGCCCACUCUGCCCUGACCGACUUGCUGCCCGCCACCAAGAUCACGCCCAUCCUGGCCGACAUCCUGCAGCAGGAGCGGGCCGAGUCCCUGUCCAAGGCCAAGGCCGUGCUGGAGUUCGUGCUGUGGGGUCCCUCCGAUGUGGCGCUCUCCGGUUCCAUCAAGGAACGGGAGCUGGCCCUUCAGCGCUGGCUGGAUCUGGAACGGGCCACCGUGCUCCAUGGCCUGGUGCGCACACGGGUCGAGCUGACCGUCUACGACGAGUGUCAUCUCAUGUUCCUCGUCCGCUCCACGGCCAAGAUGAUGAACGAUGCGGCCAAGAUCGUGUGCAGCUACCAGCAGGCGAAUGGAACUGCCAGCCAGGAUUAGCCCCUAUCUUAUAAAUAAUAUACGAAACUGUCAUAGACACUUAGUCCCUAGAGUCAACGAAUGAUAUUUUCUUGAGUCGAUCGACCCAUAUACACAUACUAUACACAUAUCUAUAUCUUUGCCCAGCGUGCCAAAUUGUUUCGCGCGGAAAUUGUCAUGUAAAAUAUGCUUAUCGUAUGCAAACUCAAAAUGAUUUGUGCAACUUUAAUUAAUUUGUAAUCUACUAUUAAGUCAUUAAUCUAAACGAAUAUUUAUAUAUCCCUAAACGAGUACGAAAAUUGAUAUACUUCAUCAGAUUUCAGCUACUAUCUAUGAAUAGGCCAACAAUUUGAUUAGCAAAACAAAACUUUUUGGUGUUUGAACAAAUACAUAUAUGGUAAACCUAAAUAAAA